GGCAGAAGUCACGUGACUUGGGGUCUGACUCCGCUAUUCGAUCGCGCUAGCGGCUGGGGUUGGCGCGAACAUCCCGAGUUGGAACUUCACAACUACAUCAGCAGAUUCACCUAUAAAUGAAGCCAACGUCGCCACCACAGGCCUAGGUCGCUCUGCGCGUAUUCCUACGAUACCAAGAACCCAACACCCAGAUCGUGUCGACGACCAGAAUACCCUGAUGAGAUAGCUACACCCGAAGGCGCGACAAAGGGACAGUGUCCCUGAUCUUGCGCACGCCACAUCAGUUUCACGGACCGAACGCGACCGCAACGAUGUCGCUGGAUGAUGUGGACUGGGACAAGCAGGCAGCUGAAGAUGACAAGAUACUGCAGCGCUUUCUUUCGAACCAGGAGAACCCAGAUGACCAGGGAGCUUUGAACCUCGAUAGGCCGCUGGAGGUUGGCGAGAAGGCGGAUGACGCGGAGGACUUCGAAGACAUCAGCGACGACGACCUACCUGACGAGGAGGAAGCGACAAAUGGAGGUGGCGCGGAUCUUCCAGGCCUGACAGAUGAUGGAGGAACCAGCCAUGAUACCGAUGAUCUUUUCGGAGAGCUUCGCGGUUCGUCGCCUUUCGAAGGGGAGGAUAGGCAUACCGGGGUUCAAAUCAAGCAGCUCGACGACUCGCAGACUACUCAAAGCAUAGGCAGUCGCCUGACUCUGCCUUCAUCUCUGCCGUCUCUGGAUACAUCUGCCGAAUUUCCGUCUAUGAGCUUCGACCAAGAACCGAAACCAUCCGACGAGGCGAACCAAGAUCUGUCCAUCCCAGCUCCUGCGGAGACCGAGGAGGAGUUGGUGAAGCAGGCAUGGCCUACAUUCGAACAAGGCAUCACCAUCAACUGGAACGAGUUGCUUCCGCCGAAGAAGGCACACUACAUCCCGAAACAACCUAUCAAGCCGCCAAAGCCGGUCAACCCGACAAGAGUCAGCUUAGAUCUCGCGCCCGAGCAAGAGAAGAGCUUUCGCGUCGCAGGGCCUUCGCAUUCCAGCAAACUACAGAGGAUCCAGGAGUCGGUGGCUAAAGGCAUUAUCCCGAUAUUGGAGGAGUCGUCGGAUGAAGCAACGUCCGAAGAAGGCUUCGACUGGGAUACGCCGCCACCGGAUGAGGAGAUUGGAGGGAUAAGCUGGGCGGACUUGCAAGUCAUUUGCGAUGAUUGGGAAUCGAGAAUCGAGGCUUCCUCCCCAGAGGUUGAGGAACGCGAGGCUCCUGAAGUUACCUGGGAUGAUGCGGACGAUGAGUGGUUCAGGGAUAUGGAGAUGCACCCAGCUAAACGCCAGAAGACGUCGAAAUCGAAGGAGAUUGACAUUCUUAAAAUGCCAUCCUUUGCGGUACCCUCAUUCGAUGAUUUCGAGCGUGCUACAGCGCGUGUUGCGAAGCGUGUCGUUCUCGAUCUCAACGAUCCUCACCUACUUGUCGAUAUGCACCAGCCAAGCCAGACGGAUAGGCAGUUGCGCCUUGGUGGUAGCUUCAAACGUGGAGGAAGUGGCAACGUGUCGAAGAGCUUGUCUCAACGCUUCAACAUCUCCAACGAUGAAGCUUAUGAUGCUCUUAAGGAGAACCACCAGAACAAGGUCCGUGCCUUGAUUGGCAGCAUUACAGUUGAACAUAGUAUGCCUGCUCUGAAAUUGCAGUGGCCAUACUACAGAGUCAAGCUUUAUACCAAGGAGGCGCGUUCUUACCACAGGCCCUCGCUGAAGUUUGGAAAGUUCAUGAACCACGUCAUUUAUUUCUCGAAGCCUGCGCAGCGGAAGAGGAAGCACAUGAAGGGAUUAUCUACCCAGGAAAUCUUCAAAGAGUCCAAGGAUCUGUCACUGGCAGAUAAUUCAACAGCUCUGCUUCUCGAGUACUCUGAAGAGCAUCCAACAGUUCUAUCCAAUUUCGGAAUGGGCAACAGAAUCAUCAACUACUACCGCCGCAAAGACGCGGACGACGCGUCGAGGCCAAAGAACGAAAUUGGUGAGACAAGUGUCCUUAUGCCUGAGGAUAGGUCGCCGUUUGCGCAAUUCGGCACCGUUGAACCUGGGGAGACCGUGCCUACGCUCCACAACGCCAUGUUCCGUGCCCCUGUCUUCAAGCAGGAUCCGAAGAAUACGGAUUUCCUCGUCAUCCGAAAUACCACUGGUGUAAAUGGAACUUCGUGGCACAUUCGUAACAUCGAUAAUAUCUAUGCUGUCGGGCAGCAAUUACCUUCAAUGGAGAUUCCUGGCCCGCAGUCCAGGAAGGUUACCAAUGCCUCGAAGAGUCGUAUGAAGAUGAUUGCGUUCAGAAAAAUCCGCCAUAGCCCUGCCAACACUGUGAGGAUCGAUGAGAUCACCUCUCACAUUACUGAUUCCAGCGAUAUGCAAAACAGGCAGAAGCUGAAGGAGUUCAUCAAGUAUUACAAGGAUGAGAAGGUUUGGCGAGUCAAGCCGGGAGACGUUAUUCCAGAUGAGACCACAGUCCGCUCCUGGGUCAAGCCCGAAGACGUCUGCACCAUUGACGCCAUGCAAGUUGGCCUGAGACACUUGGAAGACGCGGGUUACGGUAGAGACAACCAGGACGACGGUUCCGAAGAGGAGCAAGAAGGCGAUAGUUUGGAGCAGCUCCUUGCGCCUUGGAAGACUAGCAAGAAUUUCUUGGAUGCCGCAGCAGGAAAGGCUAUGUUGCAGCUCCAUGGUGAGGGCGACCCAUCUGGCUGUGGGCUGGCGUUCAGUUUCAUCAAGACCUCCAUGAAAGGAGGAUAUCUGGAUACCAUUCAAGGCCCUCAGGCAACUACGGAGGAUGCUAUCGCUCGUGAGCGCAAAGCAAAUGGUGGCCACAAGUACAAUGUCGACAAGCAAAACGAGAUAUAUACGCGGGCCAUCAAGGGCAUCUGGGAGAAGCAAAAGGCCAAUCUUUCCGAUACCGCAGAGCACGCUGGUAGUGAAAUGGAACUUGAUCAUCCGCUUGAGAUGGAGCAACCGUAUGGACGCAACGCUACCCCGCACUCGGCAGCCACGCCAGCGAACUUCGACGACUCUGUGAGUCAAGUCAGCAGGUUCAGCACAAGCAGUCAACAUGGUGGCAAGGCCCAUCGCAUCGUCCGCAGCAUUCGGAACAAAUGGAACCAGCUGGAAGAAGUUGAGGAAAUCGUGUCGGAUCCGCGGGUUUGGAGGGAAUACGUCAAGCGCCGCCACGCUCUGGACGCAGAUGGGCAUAAUGUGUACGACGUUAAGCCUACCGGCGAUCCAGAGUGGGACAAGAAGGAAGCUCAACGUGUUCGCAAAGAACUUGCCCGUCUCGAACGCAACAAAGAGCGUCGCCACGCGCGCGAAAAGCAGAAGGGCAUAUAUCGCGGCCCAGAGGGCACCGCAGAUGCUGGUUCCCCAAGCGCUACCCCGGCGGCAGCAGAUGCUACGCCGAAGGGGACGUCUAGGAAGUGUGCUAAUUGUGGACAGGCGGGCCACAUCAAGACGAAUAAGAAGCUGUGUCCGAUGCUGAAUGGGACGAUGAAGUCGGAGGAUGGAGGGAUGGACCACGGCUUUGGGGCUGUGGCUGCGCCGAGCUUUGGGUCUUGAGAUCGUGCUUGGGGGCGGGGU